GUUUUUCUGUCUGCUUGCUGUCUUCCCGCCUUGAAUCAACAAAUCAGUAGGCAGUUUCCUGGAAAACGUUGUGCUCGUCUAAUUCUUUGUUUGUUCAAUUGAUUUAAAGUUGAUAAAAGAUGCUCAAUUCAGGGAAAUUGGCCGGUCGCACGUUGUUCAUCACGGGUGCCAGUCGUGGAAUUGGAAAAGCCAUCGCACUCAAAGCCGCUAGAGAUGGGGCUAAUAUAGUUAUUGCUGCAAAGACUGCUAAGCCCCAUCCAAAAUUGCCUGGGACAAUUUAUACUGCAGCUGAAGAAGUCAGAGCUGCUGGGGGUCAUUGCCUUCCAUGCGUAGUGGAUGUGAGAAAUGAAACCCAAAUCCAAGACGCUGUGGAUCUGGCUGUCAAAACAUUUGGGGGAAUUGACAUAGUUGUAAACAAUGCAUCUGCCAUUUACCUAACUAGUACAGCUGAGACUUCAGUCAAAAAUUUUGACUUGAUGCAAGCAAUCAUUGUUCGUGGAACAUUUCUUGUGUCAAAAUUCUGCCUCCCACAUUUAAAGGUUGGAAGAAACCCACACAUCCUCAACAUUGCCCCUUCAUUAAUGCAUCUGACUCCAGAAAGAUUCUCAGGACAUGUGGCCUACACCAUGGCCAAGUAUGGGAUGUCAAUAUUUGUAACCGGCAUGGCAGAAGAAUUCAGAUCAGAUGGGAUUGCAGUGAAUGCUUUAUGGCCAAAGAGUGGCACUGCCAUCAGGACUGGUGCAACCGAAAUGCGUGCCAAGCAAAUGUCCCGAGAGGACAUUGCAUUGUUACUCAAACUGAAGCUUCGUAUUCCUGACGUCACUGCCGAUGCCGCCUACGCUAUUGUUACACGUGACUCGAGAAGCUUCACCCAGCACUUUUGUAUUGACGAAGACAUUCUUAGGGAGGAAGGAAUCACGGAUUUCGAACAGUACGCUGCACCACGUCCAAAAUGGGUAGAAAUGUAAAUGAAGUUCAUCCUUCGACGUCUCUCGAAGUAGACAUAUGAUACUCCGUGACCCAGGACUUUUUUGCAUGUCACCCACUUCAAUGCGCACAAGUUGACGGGGAAGAAAAGAAGGAAAUGCAUUCAGUAAACUCUUUAGUUACCAGGCUUGAAUUUAGUGUCUCUGAAACGCUACGUGAUUGGAUUCGUGCUCUUGUCGGAACAUAUUGCGCAGUCGAGCGCCACUCUCCAUUCAUGCAG